AUGGCGAUACGUCCACGGGACUACAAAUCCAUUACUAUUAUAGUGUUUGGUGCUGAAGUACCACAGUCGCUGGUGGCUCAAGAGAAAACUGAUGGAAUUUAUGUGGCUCAGUGGUUUACGGUGCCCUAUUAUAUUGCACCCACUACCAAAACGCGGAAACAUAGUCGGCACAGCCUCCAAUCGGUCGAAAUCUCACUUGGCUCACUGGUCAAAGUUUCGCAUGACGCCGGAAGCCUCAUCACAACGGAAGACAAACUUACACUCGUGGUUACUACAUUCAAUGCGGAUACUAUUUUCCAUUCAUCCAUAUUGUCUGGGACAGCCUCUUUCUCUCAGAUAGACACAAAUGGUUUGGACGGGCGGUCGACUGAAGAACUAACUCCGAUCCUUGAAUAG